CCUGCCCGCCCGGCUGCCGCCCGAGCGCCGUGAGCUGCAAACCACCGACGCGUAUCGUGACUUGGUAGAUCACAGCGCGACAACAGAUCACGACGGUUGUCUUGGGAAAGCAGGCUCCGACAGCAGUGAGAAUGCUCAGGAUGCCCAACUGCCUGCUAAAGCUGACCAGGGUGGUGCUGAGCCACAAACUCAGGACUCUAUUUAUCCUCGCCUUUAAGUUCAUGUCCUUUGCCUCCAUCGUGUUGUACUGGAGAAUCACAGAGGACCCUAAGGGCAGGGGCCACCUCUACAGCUUGCCCGUUGAAGUCCGCUGUGCUCACUCUGUGCCUUCUCCUCCACAUGCCAUUGCUGGUGGGCCCCCUUCUUCACCAGGCAAUGUGUAUUUUGUGGAGACCUCAGAGCGAACUAACCCCAGUUACCUCUUCACAUGCUCUGUGGAGUCAGCAGCCCGAACACACCCUGGCACAAGGGUCGUGGUGCUCAUGAAAGGCUUGGCAAGUGGGAAUGCCUCCUUACCCAACCACUGGGGCUUCUCCUUGCUGAGCUGCUUCCCUAAUGUGGAAAUCCGUCCCCUGGACUUGCUGGAGCUUUUCUCAGGGACUCCUCUGGCUAAGUGGUACUUGCAGGCUCAGCACCGCUGGGAACCUUAUUUCUUACCUGUGCUGUCUGAUGCCUGCAGGAUUGCCAUCAUGUGGAAAUUUGGUGGCAUCUACCUGGAUACAGACUUCAUUGUGCUUAAGAACUUAAAGAACUUCACCAAUGCCCUUGGUACCCAGUCCAAGUAUGUACUGAAUGGGGCCUUUCUGUCCUUUAAACCUAAACACAGGUUCAUAGAGCUUUGCAUGCAGGACUUUGUGGAGAACUACAAUGGCUGGAUAUGGGGACACCAGGGCCCACAGCUCCUAACUCGUGUCUUUAAGAAGUGGUGCUCCAUCAGGAGUCUUCGAAGCAGUGCGAGCUGCAAAGGAGUGAAUGCUCUGCCCCGUGAGGCUUUUUAUCCCAUUCGAUGGCAGGACUGGAAGAAAUACUUCGAAGUGGUGAGCUCCUCGGAGCUUCACCGCCUGUUUAAUAACACCUAUGCAGUGCAUGUAUGGAACAAACUGAGCCAAGGGACGAGGCUUGAAAUCACAUCCCAGGCUUUGCUUGCUCAGCUGCAUUCUCACUUCUGCCCUGCCACAUAUGAAAUCAUGAAGAAGGACUCUGAACGACAGUGACUCAAGGGUCAGCUAAGAGAUACUGCCCAGGAUCCCACAACUCUCCAGCUGUUCCACUGCAAGAGAACCACCUUCUGAAGUGAGGUGGUGAGAAUCAAGGAUAAAAGCCAUUUGUGUGGUGUAGGUGGAGCUCGUUGUCUGUGCAGCUUUUUGUCUUGACUUUAACUGCCUACCAGCAAUAUUUUGAUUCUCUGCAGGAUCUUUUUUCUGCUCUGCUUGGUCAGGUAGAGAAAGGUCAGAAGGGGCGCAUGUGGUGGGCCACUCGUGGCAGACUCCAUCAGCCUUUCAGAGGAGCAAGUGCCCUGUCUGUAGUUGGAAGGCCUUUGUCAAAAUGUGUAUCUCACUGCUUGGUUCUCAGGACUUCUGAAGAGCAGUCCUCAAAGCAACAUAAGGACGGGAGAGAACAGGAACUGAGGAGGAAAUAAGGAUGUGCUUGAGGAGGUGUCCUGAGAAAAAUGUAGAGGAAAACAGAAGAAGGAAAGGGCUAAAGC